CCGCCGUUAUGUGGACCCCAGGCAGCAUGCUGUCCCCACCAGGUGGCACGCAGAGGCUCUUCCAGGCCGUUCUCCUCCUCCUGGCCCUGACCAUGCUGCUGCUGGCUGGCUUCCUAAACAGAGACAUCGGGCUGUUCACACCCCUGCUCGGGGACCAGGCCGAGGGCCCGCCCAUUAUCAACGUCAUGUUCCUCAAGACACACAAGACCGCCAGCAGCACGGUUCUCAACAUCCUCUUCCGCUUCGCGGAGACGCACAACCUGUCGGUGGCGCUGCCCGCGGGCGCGCGCUUCCACCUGGGCUACCCCUGGCUCUUCCUGGCGCGCUACGUGGAGGGCGUGGAGCCCCACGGCCCGCGGCAGCGUUUCAACAUCAUGUGCAACCACCUGAGAUUCAACCUGCCGGAGGUGCAGAAGGUCAUGCCCAACGACACUUUCUACUUCUCCAUCCUCAGAAACCCCGUCUUCCAGCUGGAGUCCGCCUUCGCCUAUUACAGGAGCUACGUGCCCGCCUUCCGGGCCGCGGCGAGCCUGGAGGCCUUCCUGGCGUCGCCGCGCACCUACUACAACCGCAGCGCGGGCCUGCGCAACGCCUACGCCCGGAACAGCAUGUGGUUCGACCUGGGCUUCGACAGCGACGCGCCGGCCGCCGAGGCGUACGUGCGCGCGCGCCUGGCCGACGUGGAGCGGCGCUUCCAGCUGGUGCUCAUCGCCGAGCACUUCGACGAGUCGCUGGUGCUGCUGCGCCGCGCGCUGCGCUGGCGGCUGGACGACGUGGCGGCCUUCCGCCUCAACGCGCGCAGCGCCCGCAGCGUCGCGCGCCUGUCGCCCGCGGGCCGCGCGCGCGCCCGGCGCUGGUGCGCCCUCGACUGGCGCCUCUACCAGCACUUCAACCGCACCUUCUGGGCCCGCGCGCGCGCCGAGCUGGGCCCGCGGCGCCUGCGCUCCGAGGUGGCGCAGCUGCGCGCGCGGCGCCGGGAGCUGGCGGCGCGCUGCCUGCAGGACGGCGGGCCCCAGAGCCCGGCGCGGGUCACCGACCCCGGGCUGCGCCCCCACCAGUCGGGCGACGCCGACAUCCUGGGCUACAACCUCCGGCGGGGCCUGGACAACCAGACGCGGCAGCUGUGCCGGCGGAUGGUGACGCCCGAGCUCCAGUACAUGGCCCGCCUGUACGCCCGCCAGUUCCCGGGGAAGCCCCCCAAGAACGUCCCCUACCCGAAGGAGUAGGGGGACGGGCGGCCCCGUGAGGCCCCAGCCCCGCCCCUGUCGUCGCGCGGAGGCCUGGCACCGGGUCAUGGGGCGGGUGGGCACAGCAGGGACUGGUCGGGGUGAAGACCCGGGGAGGCACCGUCCCUGAUGCCUGCUCCGGGAGGCGCCUGUGUGGCGAGGGCCCCGAUCUCGGAGAAGAGGACACCCGGCCUGAGGGCCUGACCCCGGUCAGCAGAACAGUCGGACAUCAUUACAGGUCAGCAUAGGGUCCCGCGAAGGAGCGCACGUGGACUCGGCCCAUCAAGGACUGGAGGGACACGGGGGGGCUCAGUCGGUGAAGCGCCCGACUUCGGCUCAGGUCAUGA